AUGCCAGAAGACAUCAUUGUGGCUCACAUCAAGAGUGACGCAAACCUGCUGUGGAGCAUUAGUCCGGCCAGUCUCAAGGCAAUGAAAGAAGAAAUUGCCAAUUCUUCACAGAUUUACGUACAUCUCCAAUGGACCAUUCUGAGGAAUGCUUCCCUGCUGAUGAAUCCCGAAGCAUUUGGUGAACACACAGUGGUCUGUACAGACAGGGAAGUGAGAGAGGAGCUUGUUCAGCUGCUGGAAGGGACACGUGAGAAAUCAGUGGUAAUCAAGGAAUUGCUCCCAAAAUACAUUCGAGCGACACGUCGAACUGAAGCGACGCCAGCUUUCCGACUCCAAACAAGUUUUCCCAGUGGUGACAAAGAAAGGCUGGCCCUGUUCAGGAACAUCUCGCUGCAGAUGGAGGAAGAGCUCAGGGCAUGCACCACAUCACACGAAAAGCUGAGGUGGUGGAACGUCAAGGAGUGUGACCCACAGUGGCCUAGCCAGGGCUGCAGCAACAUGAAGCUCAUCAUCUUCAAUGACAAAGUCAGCCCCUCGAGUCUGGGUUUUCUUGCUGGAUAUGGGAUCAUCGGUCUGUAUCUGUCUGUGGUAUUGGUCAUUGGAAAGUUUGUUCGAGAAUUCUUCAAAGGUAUCUCUCGCUCCAUCAUGUUUGAGGAGCUGCCCAAUCCUGAUAGAAUCUUGAAGCUGUGCACUGACAUCUUCCUCGUGCGUGAGAUGGGCGAGUUAGAACUCGAAGAGCAGCUUUUUGCCAAACUCAUCUUCCUUUACCGCUCUCCUGAGACCAUAAUCAAGUGGACCCGUGAGAAGCAAGAGUGAAUGAUAAUAAUGAGAAAUUAAACAUUCUUUACACCCAGGAAAGGGUGUAUCCAUUCAACAUUAACCUCAGGAAACCACAUGGCAGCCUUGGAUUCCAUCGAACUCUUUUUAACAGCUCCCUCACCGAGACAGAAAGUCUGCAUGUUUAUUCUUCCUGCAAUGUAUUGAAUUUGAACUUUUUACACAAUUAUAUACCUCAGCAGUACUAAGUGAUAGGCACUAGCUGCAGAAUUACUGCAUAACUGACACAUUGCUAAAAAGACAAUAAUUGAAUUCCUGGUCCUAUCAAAUGUGCAAUUUCACAGCUUGUACUAACUUCCGCUUCAAGUAUCAAAUGCUGUUUAGAAAUUAAGAACAGGAAGCGUUCGAACUGCAGAAGACCAUCAACAUCUACUCAAAGAACUGAAAGGACGUUGUCAAUGUGAUCAGAGACUAGAAGGACUUGAAAGAAGCAAAAGGGACACCUCAUUGAAUCCUGUGGACUGUAUUCUCCUAAUUUUUUGUCUAACUUCAUCCAUAACUUCAAGAUUUUCUGAUCAAUUACCUCGAGCGUUGUUUCUUCAAUUGGACCAUUGUUCUGUCCGACCAGUAGGAAUUCCACUGUGACCACACGUUUGUCUGUGCGUCUCG